AUGUCUUCGCGAACGGGUCAACGCGGGACUUCCGUGGCUACAAGUCAGCGGAAACACAGGUCUCGUUCCGCGUACCGGUACGACCUGGAGAAAAAGUCGAAGACCAAGGACAUCAGGACUUCGGGUACCACCAGUUUGGUGUCCAUCCCGAACAGCAUCAAGCUCACAAUGCUGAACAGCGGCCUCAUAUCUCUAACUGAACAAUUUAAAUUACCACAUGACCGAACUGAAGUUUGA